CUCAAAACCCCUCGACGGCGAAUUUCUCGCUCAGAAUACUCUGUUCACGAUUUCACGGCGGAGGCAAACCUCUCUGCUCACUUUCUUUCUGUCUCUCUUUCGCAUCAAGACCUUAAACUGAAAGAGAAAAGAAAUAAUUUUUUUGAAGAUUUGCCCAACAAACGAUGGGGAAUAAGAGAGAGAGACACCAAAAUCCAGAGCCAUUUCUUCCUAAUGUAGAUGCCACUUUUUCUACCGCUUCCAGGAAGCGGAACAAGCUUCCCAAACAACAUCAGGAAGAUCAAAAGCUUAUAUCCUCGGGACUGAGCUCAAAGAUUCUUAAGGAGGCGUUGCUUCAGCAGAAGGAGAUACAGGAUGAAACAGAUAAUCAGAACCCUGCAAUAAUCAUGUUUCCCGAGGAACUUCCGGCCCCAGUAACUUUGGAUCAAGAAGAUGACAUUGAUGAUUUUAAUGGGUUCGAUGACACAAUUAGCCAUUACGAUUAUGAUGAAGCUAUCGAUGAAGAGGACGAGCUUUUACUGGAGGCUUUCAUGAACAAAGAUGCUGGUCCACAGCGCACAUUGGCUGAUAUCAUUGUUAAUAAGUUUAAAGAAAGAGAUGCUAAAACUUCAUCAGGUGGUGUAGGUCAUGCUCCCAAAAUUGAUGAUUCUGUCAUUGAGAUUUACAAGAGCAUUGGCAUCCUUUUGAGCAAAUAUACGGCUGGAAAGUUACCUAAAGCUUUCAAGCACAUACCAUCUAUGGCGCUUUGGGAGCAAGUGCUUCACUUAACUGAGCCUCAAAAGUGGUCACCAAAUGCUAUGUAUCAAGCUACAAGAAUAUUUGCGUCUAGUAACUCAAGAAAGGCUGAACGCUUUUACAAGCUUGUCUUGCUUCCUAGAGUCCGUCAAGAUAUCGCCGAAAAUAAAAAACUGCAUUUUGCCUUAUAUGCAUCCUUGAAGAAGUCUCUAUACAAACCUGCUGCUUUUAACAAGGGUAUACUGUUUCCCUUGUGUGAGUCAAAGACAUGUACUCUUAGAGAAGCUGUUAUUGUUGGAAGUGUUAUAACAAAGGUUUCAAUUCCUCCACUACAUUCGAGUGCUGCAUUGCUUACUCUUACUCGCAUGGAAUAUUAUGGCACAACAAGCUAUUUUAUUAAACUGUUCACUGAGAAGAAGUAUGCGUUGCCAUAUCGUGUUCUUGAUGCCUUGGUUUCUCAUUUCUUGAAAUUCGUUGAGGAUGAAAGAACAAUGCCUGUGAUUUGGCAUCAGUCCCUUCUCGCCUUUGUACAAAGGUACAAGAAUGAACUAACUAAGGAGGAUAAAGAAAAUCUCAAAUAUCUUGUUGAGAAACAAAGGCAUAAAGAGGUCACCCCUGAAAUCCAUAGAGAGCUAGACAACAGUCGUAACCGUGGAGAAAAAGAAGAUGUUGAAAUGCCAACUUUGAAUUCUGUGAUUAAUAACCCCAUAAAUGAAGACAGGUUUGACAUACCAGAUGUGCCUAUGGAAGAAGAUUAAGUAUAGAGGCACUUUAAAUUGUAUCCUCAACAUUCUUUGGCGGAGGCUUUUCUUGCAUGUUUUUUUAGCGUUGGGAUUUAUUUAAAUGGAUUUUUACUUAAAUUUCAAGUAUAAGUUGUAACAUUAUCUUAUUGAUUUUAUUAAACCCUUUAUUUUAGUCCAAUUUUGGUAGUUGAACAAUUUUAUGAGAUAGGUUUUUGGUUGAUGGAUUGAAUUUGAAGCAAUAUAGAGAUUGGUAU